AUCUUGCUAUCUAAAACCCAAAAUGGCGGCCGACGCGCCGCAGGAAGCGGCUUUAGAAAUAAGCAGCAGACUUUGCGUGAAGAACCUGCCGAAAUACGUUGACGAAAGCCGUCUAAAGGAGUUUUUCAGCGCAAAGGGCGAGGUUACCGAUGUCAAGGUCCUGCGCACGAAGGAUGGCCGGUCGCGGCAAAUGGGGUUCAUCGGGUUUAAGUCUGUUGAUGACGCGGCGCUGGCGAUGAAGUACUACAACAAGUCUUACAUGGACACGAUGCGGCUGGAAGUGGAGUACGCCCGCAAAGUGGGCGACGACCAACUGCCGCGUGCCUGGAGCAAGCACACCACCGGCACCAGCGCCAACAAGAAGCUGGCUGGACCGGCGGCGCCGGCGGCUGGCGGCGCCGGCGCAGAGGCGGGCGCGGGCGGCGCGGGUGACAAGAAGGGCGCCAAGGGCAAGAAGGGCAAGGGCGAGCCGCUGCCGGGGGAAGAGGAUCCCAAGCUGCGUGAGUUCCUGGCGCUGAUGGCGCCCCGCGCCAAGGCCCGCAUCUGGGCCAACGAUGAGCUGGAGGCCGCCGCCGCUGAUGGCGACGCCGCCGCAGCAGCAGCGGUAGAGGCGCAGCGGCAGCAGCAACAAAAGGCCGCGGCGGCGGCAGAGAAGCAGCUGCGGCGGCAGCUGGCUGCCGGCAGCGAUGGCGAGGAUGGCGACGACGAUGAUGACGAGUACCAGGACUGGUCGGGGGCGGUGGCGGCGGCGCACCGCCCGGCGGGCGGCGACAGCGAUGAGGAGCUGGUGCCUGGGCCGGGGCGGCGGCCAGCAGCCGGGGGCCAAGAGGAGGAGGGCGAAGGGGACGAGGAGGAGGAGGGGGCGGGCGCGGGGCGGCGUGGCGGCGACGAGGUGGUGGUGAAUGAGGCGGUCUCGGACCUGGAGUACCUGCGUUCGCGCAUGAAGCGCUGGGACGAGGAUGACGACGACGAGGGUGAAGAUGUGCUGGCGGGCAAGAAGCAGCAACAGCAGCAGCAGCAGCAGCAGCAGGGGCACAAGGGGCAGAAGGACGCUGCGGCGCGAGGCGACCAGAGCGGCGUGGGCACCUCGCCGCGCUGCGAGGGGCCGGCGGGACCGGCGGGCGGCAAGGCGGCCGGGAAGAAGGGCGCCGCGGCGGCGGCGGCGGCAGCCGCUGGCAAGCGGACGGCGGCGCAGGCCGACGGCGAUGAUGCCAUGGAUGACGUCGGUGCUGGGCAGUUAUCAGAAGAUCUGCCUGGAGACGGCGAUGUGCACAUGCGGGAUGCCGACGGCGCAGGCGCCGCCGCAGAGGCGCGGCAGCGCCCCGGGAAGCACGGCGUGCCGGAGGCGGGCGCAGUUGCUGGCGGUCACGAGGAGGUCAUCAUGGACACGGCCCGGCUGUUUGUGCGCAACCUGGCAUACACAGCCACGGAGCCGGACCUGUCGGAGCUGUUCGGCGGCUUAGGCCAGCUGGAGGAGGUGCGCGCGGGGGCGAGGGGGCGGGGGCGAGAGGGGGCGAGGCGGCGCAGGGAGACCAAGCGCAGCAAGGGUGUUGCCUACGUGCAGUACCAGAUCCCGGAGGAUGCGGUGCGCGCGGCGCAGCAGCUGGACGGAACCAUCUACCAGGGGCGGCUCUUGCACAUCCUGCCGGCUAAGCGCGCACCGGGCAGUGUGGCCGCUGCCGCCGCGGCCUUGGCAGCAGCGGCGGCGCCGGGGGAGGAGGGUGCAGAGGGCGAGACAGGCCGGCAGCAGCCAGGCGGUGCGCCGGGCACCUCCUCCUUCAAGGCGGCGCGCGAGGCGCAGCGCAAGGCGGACGCGGGCAACCGCGCGGCCUGGAACACGCUGUUCAUGCGCGCAGACACGGUGGCGGAGGCGGUGGCGGCGCACUACGGCCUCAGCAAGGCCGCGCUGCUGGACGCGUCGGCGGGCGGCGGCAAGGGAGGCGACAGCGUGGCGGUGCGCAUGGCGCUGGGCGAGGCGCAAGUGAUCGCCGCCACGAAGCAGGCGCUGGCGGAAGCAGGCGUGUCCGUGGAUGCGUUGGAGCGGGCCGCCGCCGCCAGCGGCAAGGCCUCCGCCUCCACGGCUGUGGCCCGCAGCGCCACCACACUGCUGGUGAAGAACUUGCCCUUCAGCGCGGACGAGGACGAGCUGCUGGCUGUGUUUGGGCGGUGCGGCCCGGUGUCGCGACUCGUGCUGCCGCCCGCCAAGGCGAUGGCGCUGGUGGAGUUUACGGAGCCGCAGGACGCGCGCUCGGCCUUCAGGUCGCUGGCGUACAAGAAGUACCACCACGUGCCGCUGUACCUGGAGUGGGCACCCGCAGACGUCUUCAGCGGCCCGCCGCCCUCCAAGGCGACCGCCGCCGCCGCGGCAGCGGCGGCGCCCGCCGACAGAAAGGCCGCCACCGCAGGCGGCACCAAGCCCGGCAAGGACGGCGCGGCCGCGGCAGCGGCCGACGCCGCGGCGGCGGAUGUGCACACCGGCGCGGGCGCUGAUGGCGACGCGGAGGGCGAUGCUCCGGCGCCGGCGGUGGUGGGAACCAUUUUUGUCAAGAACCUGGCGUUUGCGACGACGGACGUGGCGCUGAAGAAGCACUUUGACAAGGCCGUGUCGGCGGCGGGCGGCUCGCUACACAGCGCGCUGGUGGCGAGGAAGCAGGGCAAGGACGGCGCGACGCUGAGCCUGGGGUACGGCUUCGUGGAGGUGGACAGCGAGGCGAUCGCGUCGCUGGUCAUCAAGAAGCUGCAGGGAACCAUGCUUGACGGACACAAGCUAGGGCUGCAGCUGAGUCGGGGCCGCAAGACGGCGCCGGCAGCAGGCGCCAAGGCCGCUGCGAAGAAGGGACAGGAGGACGGUAGCGUCAAGCUGGUGGUGCGUAACUUGGCGUUCGAGGCAACCAAGAAGGACAUCCAGGGCAUGUUCAACCCGUUUGGGCACCUCAAAUCCUGCCGCCUGCCCAAGAAGUUCGACGGCAGCCACCGCGGCUUUGCGUUCGUGGAGUUCGUCACCAAGCAGGAGGCGCGCAACGCGCUGGAGGGCGUGGGCGGCACGCACUUGUACGGGCGCCGUCUGGUUGUGGAGUAUGCCAAAGAGGAGGAGGGCCUCGAAGACAUCCGCAACAAGACCGCCAACAAGUUCAAGCGUGACGAGGAGGCGGAGGCGGGCGCCGCGCCCGCCAAGCGGCUCAAGCUGUGAGCGGGAAGCAAGGAGGAGCGCUGGAAAGCACGGGAGUGGUUUCGGGCGGUGCGCGGCACAGCGUGUGUUUUGGUUGGUGGCUCGUGCUGUUCUGCGGCUGCGUGUUGGGUGUCGGUAUAGCUCCAAGUGCGGCCGGUAGCAUCAGUGGUGGUGGCGUGAUGUUGGGGUUGGGGACGAGGCCGGCCUUGGUGUGGCGUGGCUGUGCCACUGUGGUAAUAGAACUGUGAUAGGCGUGCAGCGGCUGUGCAGCGGCUGUGCAGCGGCUGUGCAAGGGAUGCGACGGUAAGCGCGGAAGUUGGAGCGGUACUCUGCACGCAGAGACUAGGUUAGGCGCAUGAAUACUUGUGUAAUUGAAGCCCUAC